AUGGAUUAUACAAAACCAACAAAUGAACAAAAUGAAUUAUUAAACAAUAAUUCUGAAUCUUCAGGUUUAAAUAACAAGAUUGAUGAUGGUGAUUCGAGUAAUGACGAUACUAUUGGUAAUCAAUCUUUAUGGCAGUUGAAAAGUGUUAUAAUACUUUGUGUGGCAAAUACAUUCACAGGUUUCCUUUUCGGUUGGGAUACUGGUACUAUUGGUGGUAUCACAAAUAUGACUGGGUUCAAAAGACAUUUUGCACCUCAACAGAGUGAUGGUAGUUAUCAGUUCUCUACUAUAACUCAAGGUUUAAUUGUCUCUUUAUUCAACGUUGGUUGUGCUGUGGGGAGUACAUUUAUAUCGAAACUUGGUGAUUAUAAAGGUAGAAGAUUUGCUAUUUUCAUAAGUUUGAUUAUUUAUAUCAUUGGAUUAGUCGUUCAAAUGUCAAGUGUUUCAUCUGCUAAAUGGUAUCAGUUAAUGGUUGGUAGAAUCAUCACAGGUUUAGCUGUUGGUGCCACUUCUGUCCUUACUCCAAUGUUUAUUAGUGAAAGUGCACCUUUGAAAAUCAGGGGUGCCAUGGUUUGUGUUUAUCAAUUGAUGAAUACUUUGGGAAUUUUGUUUGGUAAUGUUACUGAUUAUGGUUGUAAAACAUACCAUCCAGAUACAAAUGCUGAAUGGUUAAUUCCAAUUGGGUUAGGUUACGUUUGGGCUGCCUUGGCUUUGUUAGGUUUAUUCUUUAUGCCUGAGACUCCAUUCUUUUUAGCUUUCAAAAAUGAUAGAGAAGGUGCUAUUAAAUCAGUUGCCAAAUUGAAUAAAUUACCACCAGAUUCACCAUUGGUUCAUAAUGAAGUUGAAAAAUUCAUGGCUCGUUCAGAAAAGAUGAAGGAAGAAACUGAAAGUGUUAAAUGGACUGAAUUCAUCACAGGUAGUCCAAUGUUGGGUUUUAGAUUAGCUAUUGGUAUGUUCAUCAUGGCUAUGCAACAAUUAACUGGUGCAAAUUAUUUCUUUUAUUAUGGUACUACAUUGUUCAAGUCUGUUGGUUUAAAAGAUACUUAUAUCACUUCAAUCAUUUUGGCUACUGUCAAUUGUGCACCAACUUUUUUCAGUUCAUACCUUGUUGAAAGAUUUGGUAGAAAACAAUGUUUAAUGGUUGGUAGUGUUUGGAUGUGUAUGUGUAUGUACAUCUAUGCUUCAGUUGGUGGGUUUGGUCUUUAUGGUAGUAAUGGUGAAGCAAAUUAUUCAGCUGGUUGUGCAAUGAUUGUCUUUUCAUGUUUCUUUAUUGUUGGUUUCGCUACAACUUGGGGUCCAGUUGCUUAUGUUUUAGUUAGUGAAUUGUAUCCAAUUAGAGUUCGUGCGACAUCAAUGUCUAUUGCUACUGCUAUGAAUUGGAUUUGGAAUUUCUUAAUUUCAUUAUUUACUCCAUUGAUUACAAAAGCUAUUGAUUUCAAGUUUGGUUAUGUGUUUGCAGGUUGUUUAACUGCUGCUAUCUUUUUGGUCUAUUUGUUUGUCCCUGAGACUAAAGGUUUAACAAGUCAACAGAUUGAUGAGAUUUAUGAAGAUGGUCAUAUCUUCCAUUUGAAGAAACAUAAGAAACCAGAAGAUGAAGAAAAUACUGAAUGA